AGCAAAAAUUGGUACUCUACCUGGAGAUAUCUUGAUAAUUUCCUCUUUCUUGUCAUAUGUUGGCUGCUUUACGCGGCGCUAUCGAGAGGAGUUGCAGCAAAAGAUGUGGAUGACGAGCUUUGCAAAAAUCGAGCCACUUGUACCGUACACAAUUGGCGUUGAUCCGCUCACCCUGCUCACGGACGAUGCACAAGUUGCGACUUGGAAUAAUGAAGGAUUACCGGUGGAUCGUAUGUCAACGGAAAAUGCAACAAUUUUAACUCACUCGACCCGCUGGCCAUUGAUGAUUGACCCUCAGCUUCAAGGCAUUAAGUGGAUAAAAAACAGAUACGGAGAUACACUCGUUAUUAUACGUCUUAAUCAAAAGGGCUUCCUAGAUGUGCUGGAAAAGUCUAUGGCUAAUGGCGAGACUGUGCUAAUUGAGCAAAUCGGUGAAACUAUAGACACUGUGCUGGAGCCACUGCUAAGUCGCGCUUUAAUCAAGAAGGGCCGUUACAUACGCAUAUGUGGCAAGGAAAUGGACUUUAAUAACAACUUUCGUCUUUUGUUGCAUACAAAAUUACCAAAUCCACAUUACAAACCUGAAAUCCAAGCGCAAACAACGCUCAUCAACUUUACAGUCACACCGGAUGGCCUUGAAGAGCAACUGCUUGCCGAGGUAGUGAAAAUCGAACGACCCGAUUUGGAACAAAUGAAAAUCGACGUAACAGUACAGCAAAAUAAAUUCAAAAUUUCACUUAAAGCCUUGGAGGACGAACUGCUUGUGCGUUUGGCCUCAUCCAGCACGAAUGUAUUGGAUGAUCAUGCGCUUGUCAUCAAUUUGGAGGCGACGAAGCACACAGUUGAUGAGAUUGAGCUGAAAGUGCGAGAGGCGCUCAUAACUAGCGCGCAAAUUGACGAAGCGCGAAAUAGGUAUCGUGCAGCGGCCAAGCGCGCCUCUAUACUCUAUUUUGUUCUCACCGACCUCAGUCGUAUAAAUCCCAUCUAUAGGUUUUCGCUGAAAUCGUUUAUGAACGUUUUCAAGAAGGCAAUUGCUACUGCACCGAAAAGCAAAAAUCAUGAGCGCCGUGUACAGCAUCUGGUGGCGUCGAUCACGCUGCAGACAUUCAUUUACACGAUGCGUGGCCUCUUCGAAGUCGACAAAUUGACGUUCACUUCACACAUGAUCUUGCGUAUUCAGAGCGCAGCCGGACAAAUUUCCAAAGAUGAGUUUGAUUUCUUGUUGCGCUUUCCACACGAUCCAAACUCAUUGUCACCUCUGGAAUUUGUAAGCCGAAAAGCUUGGGGCGGCAUUAAAUCCCUAGGCGGUAUCGAGCAUUUUUAUGGCAUCGAUAAGGACAUGGAAAGCUAUCCGAAAAGAUGGAGUAAAUUCCUUGCCAGUGCAGCGCCAGAAAGAGAGCAAUUCCCGGGCGAAUGGAAGUAUCGUUCGCCGCUGCAAAAGCUUUGUAUUAUACGAGCUUUACGUCCAGAUCGGAUGCUGUAUGCCAUGAGAUUAUUUGUAGAACUGACAAUGGGCAAGGAGUACACACGAACACAGACAUCAGCUUUUUCGGAAAUCUUCAAAGAAAUCAAUGCCAGCACACCAGUUUUAUUUAUACUUUCACCAGGCAUUAAUCCCGUGCGUGAUGUUGAGCUACUUGGCCAGCAGUUGGGCUUUCGGGCCGACAAUGACACGCUUAUUAAUAUAUCACUAGGACAAGGUCAAGAACAAUUAGCCGAAGACGCUAUCAUAAAUGCAUUGACCAAUAAACACCAGUGGGUUGUCCUGCAAAAUAUCCAUUUAGUUGUCAACUGGCUUCCUUCAUUAGAGAAACUAAUCGAACGCAUACUGAAUGAUGACAACACCAAUUCAAAUUUCCGUUUAUUUAUCAGCGCCGAACCCGCGCCAGAUCCAGAAUAUCACGCCAUACCGCAGGGCAUACUUGAGUCUUCGCUGAAAAUAGUCAAUGAACCCCCGUCAGGCAUGGCCGCCAAUCUACACAAGGCUUGGGACAACUUUUCACAGGACUCCUUAGAAACCUGCACACAAGAGGCCGAGUUCAAAUCAAUACUCUUUGCGCUUUGCUACUUUCACGCUGUAUCGGGUGAGCGCUGCAAGUUUGGACCGCAGGGCUGGAAUAAGGCGUAUCCCUUCAAUGUCAGUGAUCUCAUCAUUUCAGCCAAUGUGCUGCACAACUACUUGGAAGGCAGCAGUCGCAUACCAUGGGAGGACUUACGUUACCUAUUCGGGGAAAUCAUGUACGGCGGUCACAUUACGGACGACUGGGAUCGUCGCCUCUGUCGCACAUACCUCGAAGAGUUACUGCAGCAAGAGCUCAUCGAUGGCGAUUUGGAGUUGUGCCCGGGUUUUGCUGCGCCUCCCAAUCUUGACUAUCAAGGCUAUCAUAACUACAUUGAUGAAAUGUUGCCGCCUGAAUCGCCCGUACUUUACGGACUGCAUGCAAAUGCCGAGAUUGGCUUCCUAACCAGCGCAUCGGAGCAACUACUUAAAACCAUAUUCGAGCUACAGCCACGCGAAUCAGAGCUUAGCACAAAUUGUGGUGCUCCACGAGAGGAGCUUGUGAAAAUUAUGAGUGAGGACUUUUUGGAUAAAAUGCAGGAUGAGUUCAAUUUGCAGGCCUUACUUAAUCGGGUGGAGCGUAAAACGCCGUUUGUGGUGGUGGCGUUGCAGGAGUGCGAACGCAUGAAUGCGUUGAUAUGUGAAAUCAAGAGAUCUUUGCGCGAGCUGUUGUUAGGCUUGAAAGGUGAACUCACUAUAACUCCCGAUAUGGAACGCCUAGAUCAUGCCAUUUUCUAUGAUAGCGUGCCAACAACUUGGGCCCUAUUGGCUUAUCCCAGCAUGUUGGGCCUGCAAAGUUGGUAUGCAGAUCUUUUGCAUCGUAUUAAGGAAUUGUCCAGUUGGCUCAACGAUUUUAAGCUACCUUGUACUAUUUGGCUUGGGGGGUUGUUUAAUCCACAGAGCUUUCUUACAGCCAUAAUGCAAGAGAGCGCACGAAAACAUGAUUUGCCCUUGGAUCGAAUGUGUCUUAGCUGCGAGGUGACGAAAAAGGAGAAGGAUGAUAUUACAACAA